GUUGUAUCUGUGGUGGCAGCCUGUCCGAGCCCCUCGCCACUCUUCCUUUUCCCCUCUCUAAGCCCUUGCUGCUGCACUAGCUCAGAAUAAUGGAGGCUUGUCAGGAGAGCAGCCCUGCGCCGGUGGGUCCCCAGGCGGAGCCAGCCGAGGGUCGGCACAUUGACCUGACAGAGGACCUGGGCCAGCAGCUGGAGGACAUCAUUAGCACCUACCAGGCAGCUGAGAUUCCCGCUGAGCCAGAGGACGUGGAGGAGGUCACAGCCGUCAAAGAGGCAGACACCCGCAAGGACCAGAAACUGGAGAAGAAGAUGCUCAAAAACCUAGGGAAGGAGGCCAUGCUGUUGAUGCAAAGUUUGAACAAACUUGGCACUCCAGAACAGAAACUGGAGGCCAUCAUCAAGAAGCACGCUGAGCUGCUGGAGGAGCACAGGAGUGAUCAGAAACAGCUGAAGGCUCUGCAGAAGAAGUUACUCCAAGUGAUGAAGGAGAAGGACCAGCUGCAGAGUGAGCACAGCCGGGCCGUCCUGGCUCGCAGUAAACUGGAGGGGCUCUGCCGGGAGCUGCAGAGGCACAACAAGACCCUGAAGGAGGAAACCCUCCAGAGGUGCAGGGAGGACGACCUCAAGAGGAAGGAGAUCACCACCCACUUCCAAGGCACGCUCAGUGAAAUUCAGGCCCAGAUCGAGGAGCACAGCAACCGCAACACCAAGCUGUGCCAGGAGAACAGCGCCCUGGCAGAGAAGCUCAAGGGGCUCAUUUCACAGUAUGACCAGAGAGAGGCGAACCUGGAGAAGGUCUUCAAGCACAGAGAUCUGAAAGAAAAGCUGCUGGAAACCAAACUUGCACAGGCAAACAUGAUGCUGAAGGAGGCUGAGGAGAAGCACAAGCUGCAAAAAGAGCAUCUGCUAAAACAGGCGGCAGAGAGUAAAUUGCAAGUGAAGGUCAUGAGAGAGCAAGAAACUGAUAUGAAGGCCCAGCUCGCUCUGUACUCCGAGAAGUUUGAUGAAUUCCAGGGCACGGUAUCAAAGAGUAACGGUGUCUAUGCAAGCUUCAAACAGGACAUGGACAAGAUGUCCAAGAAGAUGAGGAAGCUGGAAAAGGAGUGCAUGUCGUGGAAGAGUCGCUUUGACGGCUGCAACAAGACUCUCAUUGACAUGGUGGCAGAUAAAGCCGUGAAGGAGAAGGAGUUUGAGCUUUUCCUCGUUAAGAACCAAAAGCUUGAGAAGCUGUGCAGGGCUUUGCAAGAGGAGAGGAAGAGUCUGUAUCAGAAGGUGCAGGAGGCUGGUGGUCAUCCGACUGACGACGCCUCUGAGCUGACGGAGAAGGAGGGCUGCAAGGUGCUGGAGAUCCCUGAUGUGAAGCCUGAGGAGACUCAUGCUGUCCCGCCCGCCGCAGCCUCCUCUGCUGCCCUGCCCGAGGCCCCGAAAGCCACACCCACUCUGGAAACGCCGCUGACGAAGGAACUGGCCAACCUGAAAGCUGAGCAGGCCCUUCUGCAGGAGAUUGCCAGCUCAUUCACAAUCUCUCAUGUCAUACCUGCAGAGGUGCUUAACCAAUCACAUGGACUCACUGAGGGCACCCAGGAUCCAGAGGAGCAGCACACAAGGGAGAGCAAUGGCGAGCAAAUCCUAGAAGCCUCCGCCCCGGUGAACGGCGCCGAUCAUGAAGCCGUGGAGGAUGGACGCCAAGAACAGAGAGAUUUGGAAAUGGAGUCAGUCGAUUAAUGCAGAAACUGCUGUGAACAGAAUAUCCUCAAAACUAAUUCAUAUGAAAUUCAUUGCAAUAAAG